AUGACCGCCAAAUAUAUAGAGCUUCGAACCUAUAAUGUUCAGUGUGUGGCCAUAUCGGCCGGUCCGGCCAGGGGCGGUGAUAUAAGACCACUGCGUGUCGUCAAGUCCGUCGUGAUCAUUUACUCCCGUAUCCCCACCAAAAACAAUGAACGCAUUCCCUACGAGCAAGCUGGCAUGACCGAAUCGCGCGCCUGGUCCCGGUGUGACUGCCACAAUUGGCAAGCAAGAUAA